AUGUGAAUAAAUAUUGUGCAGGUAUGCCCUUUCUUCCUUCCUUUUCUUUUUAGUUCAAACAUGUCACAAGAAACACAUAAAAGAAGAAGAGAACCUCAAAUAAAUGAAAAGCAACAACAAGAUGAAGAGGAAUUUCGCAAACUAAAAAUGGCAAAUUUAAACAAAUCCAUUGUGUAUGACUUUGACUGUGAAGCAUAUCUUCGGGGUCAAUGUUAUCGCCUUCAAUUGUCUAGAAUCCUUCAAGCAUUUCCUUAUGCUAUUCUGUUUUUUUGUGGCUAUGCUUUUACACCACAGUUAAAAGACGAUUUGCGACAUAUAGAAGAACAUUAUCAGCAUUUUGUAGAACUUGGAGCUCUACCCAUUGCUAUUACACAAGAUCAAAUACAAGUCCAAUGGGCAUAUGCUACUCCAGGCACUGUGACAGGAAGUUUGGAUUUUACACCUUCCUUCUUAUUAGCUUCGGACGGCAUUGAUAGAUUAAUCACCCGAUCAUUUAAAUCAAUGAACUUGGAUACUUUAGAAUUACAAAGAUCAGUCAUUGUUGUUGAUGGAAAUCUUCAUAUUCUCUUUAAUCACAAAGUAGCCAAAAAUCGAUUUUUCCCAAUCCAAUCACUUUUGAAUUGCUUUGAAAGUCAUUAAAUUUUUUAUAUAAGUAGAUAAAAAGAUGAUUAAAUAAAAAAAAGAGAGGGCAACUUUAUUUCUAUAAAUAUUUAACUUGUUGCUCAAAUAGGUAUACUACAAAUCAAAUCAAUACUUCUUUUCGGCCUUCCAGUUGUAGCCCUUGAACUUCUUUUCAGCUUGAGAAUCAGCAAUCCAGAAAUCAUCUGCUUCCUCUUCUUCUUGUUCUUCUUCUUGUUCUUCUUCUUGCUCUUCUUCUUGUUCUUCUUCUUGCUCUUCU